AUGUCUCUUUGCCUUUCCAGUGGUCCCAGGAGAUCUUGCUCCCAGCCCACAACAGGCUCUGUCAGGCUCUCUAGCGGAGGAUCAGUCUUUGGAAGUGGAAAUGCUGGUGGGGUGCCUGGUAUUGGAAGUGGCUUUUCUUGUGCUUUUGGGAGCAGCUCCAUUGGAGGGAAUAGUGGUACUUCCUGUGCUAGCUUCUUGGGGAGCGAAGGAGGACUUCUCUCUGGCAAUGAAAAGGUGACCAUGCAGAACCUUAAUGACCGCCUGGCUUCUUACCUGGAUAACGUGCGUGCUCUGGAAGAGGCGAAUGCUGAUCUGGAGGAGAAGAUCAAGGGCUGGUAUGAGCAAUUUGGUCCUGGAUCUUGCCGGGGUCUUGAUCAUGACUAUAGUCGAUACUUACCGAUAAUUGAAGAUCUCAAAAAUCAGAUCAUUGCUUCGACCACCAGCAAUGCCAGUGCUGUCCUACAGAUCGAUAAUGCCAGGCUCACGGCUGAUGACUUCAGAAUGAAGUUUGAAAGUGAGCUGGCUCUUCAUCAAAAUGUUGAAGCUGAUGUUAAUGGGCUUCGAAGAGUCAUGGAUGAGCUGACCCUGUGCCGAACAGACCUGGAGAUUCAGUAUGAAACUCUCAAUGAGGAGCUGACUUACCUCAAGAAAAACCAUAAAGAGGAGAUGCAAGCUCUCCAGUGCGCUGCUGGUGGAAAUGUGAACGUGGAGAUGAACGCUGCCCCAGGGGUGGAUCUGACCCUUCUGCUGAACAACAUGAGGGCAGAGUACGAGGACCUGGCUGAGCAGAACCGCAGGGACGCUGAAGCCUGGUUCAAUGAAAAGAGUGCAUCUCUGCAGCAGCAGAUCUCGGAUGAUGUUGGCGCCACGACAUCAGCGCGGACUGAACUGACCGAAAUGAAACGCACCCUUCAAACCCUAGAAAUAGAGCUUCAGUCCCUAGUAGCCACGAAACACUCUCUGGAAUGUUCCUUGAGCGAGACAGAAGGGAACUACUGUGUGCAGCUCUCCCAAAUCCAGGCCCAGAUCGGGGCCCUAGAGGAGCAACUGCAGCAGGUCAGGACUGAGACCGAGGGCCAGAAGCUGGAGUACGACCAGCUGCUGCAUGUCAAGGUCUAUCUGGAGUCGGAGAUCGAAAUCUACCGCCAACUGAUCAAUGGCGAUGAAGGAGCUGGCAAGUCUGGAGGCUACAAGUCUAAAGAUCAUGGACCUGGAAAUCUGGGAAAUCAAGCCAAAGAGUCCGGUAAAGGCAUUGUGGUGAAAAAGGUGCUUGAGGAAAUGGACCAGCGAAGCAAAGUCCUCACUACCAGGCUUCAGUCUCUGGAAGAGAAGGCCCCAAGCAACUAA